AUGACGUACAAUACGCGAUCUGCAGCCCGGAAGAAGAACCUCCGAGCGCAGGGCCGCGCUCGGAGCAGAACGCCUGUUGCUCGAGCUGGCAGUUCCUCGUCGAUCCGGCCCGCAGUCGUCGAGACGCGCGAGCGUGCGAUCGUAAUGCCGACACCCAAUUGGCAGGGCUUCCAUGUAAUCUGGCAAUACGGAGACGAAGUCGAUACGCCACUCCCACAAUUUCCACCACCUCCCCCCGAGUUUGCGCAGGUGCUGGCCUACCUGGCGGAAAAAAACGACGAAGAUUCUAUGGACGAGGACUCGUCGAUGAACGACGACAGCCAGGACAAUCAGUCUGUGGCGGAAAGUUGGUAUGGCAUCACGGGCUCUUUCUCGCCCGGCUCUGGACAGAGGACGGAGACGGAGACGGAAGUCAGUGGCUCCUCUCGUGAGACUACACCGACCGUAUUCUCAUCCCAGGCAGACGAUCAUGAUCGAGGCGACGUCAUAGACAACGCACCUCAAACUGUUGGGCCGCGGCCUCUCCGCCGAAAUGUGCAGAGAAUUCAUAUCCCAGCUACGAAUGGAAGAAAUGCGCCUGUGAACUAUCAGCAGCAUCCCAAACCACUCAGGCGGGAGGCCACCGAGAUCAUCUACUCCGGCACGACGGGAAUGCCAUCCAGUCUCUCGCGGACCGAGUCGACGGUCACCGAGAUCGCUGGAGAGAUCGAGCUUGAGAAGCUGGCAGAUGUGUCCAAUGUUCCGGAACAAGUCUUCACAUUUGCGCCCAGGGUACUUGAUAAAAUUGCCAUGACUGCCUCGUUACGUCAAAGCCCGAACGGCGGCUGGAAAUUGGAGGCCUUUGGGCCGCUUCCUGCGCUCGCCAAGGCAAUUAUGCUAGCAGUAUCUUCUCCAGAUACCAGUGAAGGGACUGGAAAUGUAGCCACACAGUCGGCACAGUUGGCAAGCACUCCGCGCAGAGAAAAUGGGGACAAGACAAGGGCUUUGCAAACGACCCUAGGCCCUGUUCGACGACUCUGA